CUCGUCAAAGAACGGCUGUGUUGUAGCAGAGUGACAUUCGCACUCAAUGUUGGUAUAUGUUGCUACAAUAGCCUCUACUUAGUACUAAAUUAGUGACCUAGAUUUUCAUUAGAAAUGUGGUUAAAUGUUACGGGCGGUAGUCUAGAAAUACUUCCCUUCUCCGUGUCAAAAAUAGACAAGUCCUGGAGCUAACCUACAGAAAAACUUCUGCAAAGAUUUUGUUCAGAGUUUGAAUUUUACGCUAAAAUUGCCAACAUGGAGAUUCACGAAGGGGCAGCGGUAGCAAGCGACAGCGUGCUUGACUUUUCCCGUUUGAGUCUGACAACUUUCAACAUUAACAGUAUCAGCGAGAAGAGGAAAAGGGACACCAAGCAGCUCUACCUGAACUACAACAGACUAGUCUCGCUACCCUCGUCGGUCAGCCUUUUCUGCAACCUUGAGUUUUUGGACAUAAGCAACAACGGGCUGUCGGCCAUCUGUGAGGGCAUUACGGGACUGACGAGGCUGAAAACCCUGGUAGCCAAGAACAACCGCCUGGACGAGUUUUCGCUGCCCAAAGAGUUUGGCUCUCUGCAACUGGAGGUGUUGAACUUUAGUGGAAACCGAUUUGAGGAGAUCCCACUUCAGUGUAUGAAACUGCUGCGUCUGCAGUCGCUUUCCUUUGGCGGAAACAGACUGAAAAGCAUACCUGAAGAGAUAGAAAAUCUAACCAGUCUGGAGCUGUUGUAUCUGGGUGGAAACCUCAUCACCGCCAUUCCUCCAGAAGUGGCUAACCUGCCCUACCUCAGCUACCUGGUCCUAUGUGACAACCGCAUCCAAAGUGUCCCCCCGCAACUCACCAGGCUCCACUCUCUGCGAUCUUUAAGUCUCCACAACAACUUGCUCACUUACCUGCCGAGGGAGAUCCUCUGCCUGGUGCACCUGCAAGAGCUUAGUCUCCGUGGCAAUCCACUGGUGGUGCGCUUUGUCAAGGAGAUGACCUACGACCCUCCGUCACUGCUAGAGUUGGCAGGACGUACAGUCAAGAGCCGAAAUAUUCCCUACUAUCCAUACGACUUGCCGUCAAACCUGCUGCGCUACCUAGACCUGGCUAGCAAGUGCCCCAACCCCAAGUGUGCCGGCGUCUACUUUGAUUCCUGUGUGCGGCAAAUAAAAUUUGUGGAUUUCUGUGGAAAGUACCGGCUGCCCCUCAUGCACUACCUGUGCUCCCCAGAGUGCACCUCUCCCUGCAGCUCCAACCCCCAGAGUGAUGCGGAGUCGGAGGAAGAGAGCAGCGUGCCUGCUUACCGCCUGCAGAGGGUGCUUCUGGGAUAGUAUGACAUGGAGCAGCCUCUGACCCUUUGGACGAGUCAGUCUGUCACCGUGUUUAACAUUUGUACAGAUAUGAACUUGGCCGUCAGACUUUACUGCACACAUGCCUUAUUUGCACUGCAUGGUUCAGCUCAACUUGACUCCACUCAACUCACUGUUGGUACCAGGUGCUUUUCUCAAUUUGUUUUCCGCUGCAGAUAGUACCCCCUCAGUCUUGGCAGCAUACUCAGCUGAUUGCCAUAGCAAUGCCGUGUAAAGCUGCCCUGGCCGGUCAUCUUCAAUGCGGCGCUUGUAGAUCUUUUCAUUGGAAACAAUGUCUGCACUUCAUCAAUUGUACAGCGUAGUGAACAAAGUGUACAGCGUAGUUUUGUGGACUGCCAUUUAAAAAAAAUAUGGGGCGAGUGAAUAAAGAAAUUGCAGUCGCUAUUGACGGCUGCUUGGCUGUAAGGCGGGUUUUUGCUGUUAGUGACAGUUCUCUCUGACCAAUCAGUGAUGUGCAGUGUUUUAAUUCCACUUUCUAGUAUCGGCUCAGCUCUCUUGGAACCAUACCAAGGUGGUACCAAAAAAGUACCAGGUACCAGGUACUACUCACAACUUUUGCAAAUGAAAAACCAAAAAA